GUUCGGUGAAAUCACACAAGAGAUAAUUUUUCGUGUUUUUUUUUUUUUAUCGUCGAAGACCCGAGUACGGAGUAUCGGGUACGCUAUAAUAUUACCAGAUACCGUACGCCAUCGUGUCGUCCUCAUACGGUGUAAUCGUACCUUUACCUACGAUACCGUCUCAAUUCAUCAUUGGUUUUUUUAUCGUGCCGCGUCUUGACUCUUGAGGUGUUCUUCUUGACGACGGUUUCAAAGACUGCACACAACGUGGUAUGGAUCCGUCGGCCUUUGUUCGCCGCCUCUACUCGCAUAUGUUGCCAGUUGGUUAUCACUAGUAGUACCUAGUUAACGGUUUUGCAGGUAUCGUCAACAACCGUCGUCGCCGUUGCCCGCAAACGGAUAAUAUAUAUAUUUUUUUGAGUUUUCCCAUCGCGACGAAUAUACUAACAUUGUAAAAAUGCAAGUAGAAGACGGUUAUUUCGAUGGCAUCAAUUUGAAACUGGCCAUGGACAUCAAAAUCAAACGUACAGACGGGCGUAUACACAAAGCUGUUGUAUCUCGAAUGAACCCAGAUACCAGAAGUAUUUCUGUUGAAUGGUUAGAGAAAGGUGAAACAAAAGGCAAAGAGAUUGACUUAGACGGAAUAUUAGAACUGAAUCCACAGUUACGUUCCAAUAUUCCCAGUCUUACAAUGGUUGCUCAAAAUGGCACAAAUAUACCCACUACUAGUAAACUAGCAAGGUAUUCCACUAAAGCCUCAAUACAAGCAUUUACUAAUAAUAAAGGUUCGUACAAAGGAACAAAACCAGUCACUAGACAAACCAAUCAUUUUUCACCAGCAGUCAAUGGAUCUGGUGAAGUAUUAUCUACUACAGUUCCAUGUACGCCGUUGAACCCACCAACUCAAUAUCAACAAAUACCUGUGUUAAAACCGGCUGAUCCACCUCCUCAGACACAACAGCUGACACAUUUGUAUAGUAACAAUACGGCCGGGUCAAAUCGUAAUACAAACACCACUACAGCAGCGGCUGCAGCUGCCGCAGCAGCUAAAGAUCGACGGAGUAAUGUCGUAAAAGAAGUAGCUAAGCUUAAAAAAAACAGAGAAGAGAGGCGGCAGCGUCAAGCUGAGCUCAAAGAAGAAAAAGAAGCACUAAUGAACAUGGAUCCCGGUAAUCCGAAUUGGGAAUUUCUUGCUAUGAUAAGAGAAUAUCAAUGUAAUUUAGACUUCAAACCGCUAAGAGAUAAUGAAAUAGUCGAGGAUCAUCAAAUAACAGUUUGCGUGAGGAAACGGCCUUUAAAUAAAAAAGAACUGAAUCGUAAAGAAGUCGACGUUAUUGCAAUCCCAUCGAAAAAUCAGGUUAUCGUUCAUGAACCUAAGAACAAAGUGGAUCUUACAAAAUAUUUGGAAAAUCAGCAUUUUCGCUUUGACUAUGCCUUUGAUGAAACUUGCACUAAUGAGACUGUUUACAAAUAUUCUGCAAGACCUCUGGUGAAAACUAUAUUUGAUGGUGGAAUGGCCACCUGUUUUGCUUAUGGACAAACUGGCAGUGGUAAAACACAUACGAUGGGUGGAGAUUUUCAUGGAAAAACACAAGACUGUAAAAAAGGCAUUUACGCAAUGGCCGCUAAAGAUGUCUUCCGGUUUUUACAUUCACCCAGUUAUGCACCGUUGAAUUUAGUAGUUACUGCUAGCUUCUUUGAAAUUUACAGUGGAAAAGUAUUUGAUUUGUUGGGCGAUAAAGCUAAAUUAAGAGUACUAGAAGACGGAAUGCAAAAAGUGCAGGUAGUUGGUCUCACUGAAAAGGUGGUUACUACCGUGGACGAAGUACUAAAAUUAAUUAAUGACGGAAACAGCGCUAGAACUUCCGGUCAGACAUCGGCCAACAGCAACUCGUCACGAUCACACGCUGUUUUUCAAAUAGUUUUGCGCUUACCCGGUUUGAAUCAAAUACAUGGAAAGUUUUCUUUGAUAGAUUUAGCUGGAAACGAAAGAGGAGCCGAUACGUCAUCAGCAAAUAGACAAACGCGAAUGGAAGGUGCGGAAAUCAAUAAAUCGCUUCUUGCUCUGAAAGAGUGCAUUCGUGCUUUGGGUAAAAAGGGUUCUCAUUUACCAUUUAGAGCAAGUAAAUUGACACAGGUACUUAGAGAUUCUUUUGUUGGUGAAAAUAGUAAGACCUGUAUGAUAGCGAUGAUAAGUCCUGGUUUGAGCUCAUGCGAACACUCUCUGAACACGCUCCGUUAUGCAGACCGCGUUAAAGAAUUAGACGCCUCAGAUCCAGUUGCUGGAGAAGCACAAGCUACUGCGUACUCCCCGGCUAGUCAUACACCAAACGCGUCUCGCAAUCUACAAGACGUUAGCAUGGUUGAUGAUGAUUUAGCUGCUCUCAGGUCGCUCAAUGAAGGAGAAUUAUCUGCAGACUUGUAUAAUUUCCACGAAGCCGUUUCUCAGUUGCAAGAACAAGAAGAUGAAAUGUUAGACAAGCACAAGGCGUUAAUAGAUGCCGGCCAGAAGUGGUUACAGAAAGAUAAACAGCUAUUGACAAUGACUAGAAAUGUUGACUACGAUCAGGAUGCGUAUUCAUUGCAACUGCUCAACUUGUUGCAAGACAAACUGACCGUCACACAAGAUUUGAUCGAGACCGUGCUCGGUUUUAGAAAACAGCUGACAACCGAGGAGCAAUUCAGUCAGAACAUAGUGAGAGGUGGACAUCGAUAAGAUGUUAACUAUUUACGACGCCAACAAUAAACGUUUGUCAAGGCUUGUUUGUAAUAGAAAUUGAAAGUAGAGAGGAAACGCUAAUCAUCAUACGAUUACUACUGAUAUUGUUACUACUACUAUUACUACUAUGUGAUUUUUUUUUUGGUGAUUCUACUAUUAUUAUUGCCCAUGAACAAUGGAGCAAAUGUUUAUCGGCUUUACCUAUCCAAUAAUUUACAUUUGUUUUAAAUUUUAACCUAAAAAAAAAAAAGAAAAUAAACUAAAAAGGUAUUAUUGUUGUACGUGCAUUAA